ACAAGAGUGUGCACGUGAGGUGACUGCAAUUUCUUCCUGCCAAACCAGAAUUAGCCGGUAUAGGAAUGAACGAGCGUGGAGAUUUGAAAUUGCACCGAUUGGAAGAAAGCCCGGGUUAGGUUCGGGCACCUCCAAACGUACCCUUUUUAAAGCCACACGGACUGAGGCCUGGAGCUCGGAGCUCCACGACACGCGCACCUGGCCUGCCAGCGAGCGGCGGAGGAGCCCGGGCGCCGGGCGCCGAGCGCACGGAGCCGGCCGGAGAGCCGAGCCGCAGCCCCCGGCAUCUCCAUCCAGGAUGCUGGGCGACAUUGCAACAAAUCUCUACGCCCAGCCGCUCAGGGGGCUCCAAGGAAAACUGCAAGUUCGGGGAUCCGGGCCGGGAGCCGAGUGAGGCCGCAGCCCCGCGGGCUGCGGGCGAAAAUCUUGGAAAAUGUAUACAAGUCAUGAAGAUAUUGGGUAUGAUUUUGAAGACGACCCCAAAGAUAAGAAGACGCUUAAGCCCCACCCAAACAUUGACAGCGGGUGGGCUUGGAUGGUGGUUCUUUCCUCCUUCUUCGUGCACAUCCUCAUCAUGGGCUCCCAGAUGGCCCUGGGAGUCCUCAACGUGGAGUGGCUUGAAGAAUUCCACCAGAGCCGCGGCCUGACUGCAUGGGUCAGCUCUCUCAGCAUGGGCAUCACCUUGAUUGUGGGACCUUUCAUCGGCUUGUUUAUUAACACCUGUGGGUGUCGCCGGACCGCAAUAAUUGGAGGGCUGGUGAACUCCCUCGGCUGGGUAUUGAGUGCCUAUGCAGCAAACGUGCAUUAUCUCUUUAUCACCUUUGGAGUGACCGCUGGCUUUGGAAGUGGGAUGGCCUACCUGCCGGCUGUGGUCAUGGUGGGAAGGUACUUUCAGAAGAGACGCGCCCUUGCCCAGGGCCUCAGCACCACCGGGACGGGGUUUGGCACCUUCCUCAUGACGGUUUUGCUCAAGUACCUGUGCGCGGAGUACGGUUGGCGGAAUGCCAUGUUCAUCCAAGGCGCUGUGUCCUUGAACUUGUGUGUUUGCGGGGCGCUCAUGAGGCCCCUCUCUCCUGGGAAGGAGCUCAACGACGACCGUGGAGGGAAGGAUCCACCGGUGGUCCCGGCUCAGUCCCCUGGAUCCAAGUCAAGCGGACAGUUGGACGGAGCAGAAGAGAAGGGUGGCGGGCCCAGGAACGAGGAGACCCUCGGGGACCUCUCCGCCCAGGCGGGCCAAGAGAAGGCAGGGCACAGCCAGAACAUGGGCGCCUUUCGGGUCCUGAAGACGGUGAGCCAGCUGACCAGGAGAGUCAAGAAGGGCUUCCGAGCCUGGUACUCGGGCUAUUUUGGAGCAGCCUCGCUCUUCACUAAUCGGAUGUUUGUCGCCUUCGUUUUCUGGGCUCUGUUUGCCUACAGCAGCUUUGUCGUCCCCUUCAUCCACCUCCCAGAAAUAGUCAAUUUGUAUAAUUUAUCCGAGCAAAACGAUGUUUUCCCUCUGACCUCAAUUAUAGCAAUAGUGCAUAUCUUUGCAAAAGUGAUCCUGGGCGUUGUGGCCGACUUACCUUGCAUCAGCGUUUGGAAUGUCUUCCUGAUGGCCAACUUCACCCUCGUCCUCAGUAUUUUCAUCCUGCCGCUCGUGCACACGUACGCCGGCCUGGCGGUCAUCUGCGCCCUGAUAGGGUUUUCCAGUGGUUAUUUCUCCCUGAUGCCCGUAGUGACUGAAGACUUGGUUGGGAUCGAGCACCUGGCCAACGCCUACGGCAUCAUCAUCUGUGCCAACGGCAUUUCCGCGCUGCUCGGGCCACCGUUUGCAGGUUGGAUCUAUGACAUCACAGAAAAAUACGAUUUUUCCUUCUAUAUAUGUGGCUUACUCUACAUGGUAGGAAUACUCUUUUUACUCAUUCAACCGUGUAUUCAAAUUAUCGAACAAUCCAGAAAAAAAUACGUGGAUGGCACACAUGUUUAGUGUCAUGUUAUGUUUCCCGUAAGAUUUCUUCAUGGUACCCACGCCUACCUCACAUGAUUGCUGUGAGGAGCCUGUGGCAUUGUGGGGAAGGGCUUUGGAUGGUAACGGGCACUGUCAUUUGUAAAUGCCAUGGUCGUGACUUUGUUCGAAAGCAGCACUGCCUUUCCGUUUGGGGAGAAGCAAUGCUGGGAGGUAUUAAAGCCUGCAUAUGUCUUAGAGAAGACAAUGUCCUUCGAAGACACCCUAUUAAAUAGUCGGUAGAAAUGCCCUUACAAAAACUAUUCUCUCUCUCAUCAUCCCCUGGGACUAAGGUUUUAGCUACAGCUUUUGAAACAAACACGGGGAAUAAAAUCUUUUCAACUCAACUACUCUUUGUAAGGUGGAAAUUAACCAAAUGCUUUCGGAAAGCUGACAGAGGACUGGGUUUCAAGCACAAGAGUAUAACUACGUUUCAGAACUUGUUACAGGGAGCUGUUGAUCUACUAGUGAAAAGCAGGCUCUAAUUUCAAAAGUAAUACCUUUAGUACAAUCAGAGAAACACAGUUUAUAUUUUUAUGAAAGAAUCCUGCAGCUGGGGGAGUACGGUUUCUAAAUCUUCCUCUAAGAAAAUCAUCUGCCGUCAAUCCUAAUUCAAUAUCUAGCUAUAAACUGAACCUUAAGACAAAACGUAGAUAAAUAAUAAUGAUUUCCUUAGUGAGAGGUCGUAUUUGUCACACAAACAUUGAAUCAAGGGCUAUGAUUCAAGCACUUUUAUUCAUAUCAUUGGCCUCUUCGUUUUGGGGGCAUGAUCUGGGGUUUAUAAAAAAAUUUUUUUUCUGGAUUUCUCCCACCCAAUAAAUCAAGCAGAGAAGUAAUUGCUGGCUGGUAUCUAAAGCUGGCAGUUAAUCAUUUUUAAAGUGUGUUACUAAUCCAAAAUGGGAGACUAUCAAAUUGUGAGGUUCAUAAACAGAAUUCCCUUAGUCUAGAUAUCUGUGCACCUGACAAAAUGGAGUAGUGCUAACCAGUAGCCCUGCUCCAGAGUCUCUUGUUAGGGAGACAGUUCAUUUGCCUGAGCUCGUCGAGGUUCCAAAAAUAGUUCUCUUGACUGAUUUCGUGCACAAAAGAUAACUGUGGUCCAUGACAUCAAAUAACGCUUUUCCUUUAUCUGAGAUGUUUAUUUUUCUAAGCCAGAACAGUUUUCGGACUACAGAAUGUUCUUCCCAGAUUUUGAAAUUUCUGGCCGCCUUACUUGUUUACACAUAUUUUAGAACCGUGUAAAUUUCUACUUACAAUUUGCUCCUCACACACGUAAAAAUCCUUUAAUAUCAUUGCCCAAUGUCUUGGGUCAAAUUUAUCCAAAGUGAGCACAGACCAUUCUGUUA